CGCUGUGCACUACUUGCUGCUGUGCAUCUUGUCUCAAGUACACCACCUAAUUAGUGCAUGCAGGUCGUGGUUGUGGUCGCAGUUGCUGCUCUCCUUCCCGUUUGUUUACACUUCCACGACAGCUCUCGCUGUACUUACUCCGCCCGCAACAAUUUCACCAUCACAACAACAACAACAACAACCACCUCAACACUACCACCACCACCGCGUCCACCUUUUCAUCCCCUCCUCCACCUCGCUCUUCGCUUCCUCCACGAUUUCCCUCCGCCUACUCGCAUGGCGCCUUAACGAGUAUUCGCUCACUAUUGUCAUUCGCUUUGUGCGCGCCAUGUUCUGAACGGCCUCGACGACCUGUUCCCACCAACCUUACCAACCUACAUACCUAAUUUACUUGUCCAACUCCGUCACUCCUUCACACGCGCUCGAUACCCUCAAUCAUGGUCCUUAUAAAUCCAGAGCCAGCGGCUCUGUCCCCCGGCGACCUCUCUCUUUUCUAUACCACCGAUGAGUUCUUGUCCAACUCUCCGGUGUUGAUCUUCUACGGCCCAACGUCGACUUCGACGCACGCCACGCAUUCGCGCAUCCAGGCGCACAUCUUCACCCCUGCAGGCCUACAGAAUUUUGCCCGUCUGAUCAUAUCGCCAACUGCACCCUUCUAUUCCGCCGUCACCUGCCUGCCUCGCGAGGAGCAAGGUGACGAGAUCUGUCGAGGCCUCGCCUUCAGUCUGUUCAAAUACUUUGUCGAACUUCCAGAGCCCAUAAAAGAUGUUUGGGAGAAACAAUACGGCACUAUGGCGCGGUUGCCCUCCGCGCCCACUCUAUUCUCGGAAGCACACGCAGCCAUGGUUGCCGCGCGCAUGGUCAAAGUGGAGAAUGUUGGAGAUAUCAUAGUGGAUGUUCGGCAUGCUCUUGGUGAGCAGACAUUAUCUUGGUUGGACGUGGACAUUGUUCUUCCUCAAGGCACCAUGCAAAAGUUGGAGAUUCGGGAAUCCGCGCAGUUUGACGAAGCAGAAGACGACAUCCUCCAACAGCGUUAUGGCGCAUAUGCUCCCGUCAUCAAGUUGUUCGGGGAAGCAGCUUUUCUACCUACAUCAAAGUUGCGGCGCGCACCUUCCAAACCAACUGCUCUCAACCGAUCACAGUCAUUCUCAAGGAAGAACAAGGAAAACCUCCGGCGCGAGAUGUGCGAGUUACUGGAUACUGAGGAGAACUACGUUAGCAAAAUCGAUGAUCUGAUUCAUAAUGUGGCGGUCGAUUUCCGGCAGAAGGCAAAAGCGAGGAACCCAAGCAGCACGAGUCCGACCGAACAAGCUCUGCAAGGCCUUUUCCCUCCCAGUCUUGACAAGAUCCUUGAAGUCAACCAUGGUUUUCUAGAGGCCAUUCGCAACGUCCUCGAAGAAACAGAGAAUGACGCCAUCCAAGAUAUUGAGAACGCCAAUGAUGACAUAUUCGUCGCCCCGUUGCGUGGACAGAAAGACCCGCCAGAUGUCACCGGUGCCCUAGCCGUGGGCAAGGCUCUGCUGGAGUGGUUUCCCCAAUUUGAAGAUUGUUACACCGACUAUAUCAGUGCCCAUGGAGACUUUUCGCAAUUUUUGAAAGUCUUCAUGAAAGACACUGGCUCCAGUUUCUCCAAGAGAAUUCACGAAACCGGGGAGCAGCGGCUCACAUCACUACUGAUUGAACCAGUGCAGCGUCUUCCGCGAUACAAUCUUUACAUCGACAAUAUCGUAAAGCAGCUCCCUGUUCGGCAUCCAGCUAUCAAGGUUUUCCUCAAGGCCAGGGAUAUCAUAUCUGAGAUAUGUUCAAGGGAUGGACCCAGUGCGCAGCAGAUCAAGGUCUUUGACCGUCUGCGCAAGAUGGUAUUCUCAUGGCCGCCGUCGUUCCAUCCACCAGGCCGCUUGAUCACUGCAAUCGACUUCGUCGAACUCUCCCCACCAUACCACGGUGAUCUGAGUGGUCCAGGAACCACCUCGGGCAUUAUGCUCCUCUUUACGAGCCAUCUGGUUUUGUUGCAUAAACCUAAUGGAUCGACGGUGACUGCACGAAGCGUCAUGAGUGAUCUCGAUACCCCCAAAUUUGGCGAAUCAAUUUCUUCUUCUGCGGAGCUCAUCUUCCACCAACAAUUGAAGCUUUGCGAUGUCUCCCUCAGCGAGCAUUCAGAUGGCAACAUCCUUCAAUUGAUAUCUCCUACGCCAACCUCGAGUCAGCCAGGACGACCCAGAAGCCGGGAUCGACAAAACAUUGGCAUCCGCAUGUUAUGCCUGCAGGGUCCAUACGAAGGCAAGGUGCAUAGAUGUGUGGAAGAAAUCGUCAAGGCUAGGGUGGAGGGCCGGUACCCAGAGGAUGAGAGGGAGAGCUACAAAUGGGAAGUACGGAGUGCUCCUGGCGACCUGAAUCUCUUCUCUGCCGUGUCUGAGGAUCUUGCUGGAAACACCGUCGAGGGUCGUAGAGAACCCGCGAAAGUCCAGAUCCUCGUAGAACCAUCGAAAAUGCCCGAGCCCCUCCAAGUGCAUGACAAUGGCAUUGAGAUGACGAUCUCCAUCUCUGUUCUCCAGGACGGUCUUUUCCUCAUCGAAACCAGGGGUGCGAAUGACUACAAUGCCAGGGACAAGCUCACGAGCGUAGAGUUCCAGCCGGUGAUAACGAAGAGAUUGGCAAAUUACUUUCAGCUGCGGAACAACAUAAGGAAUCCUUCCCUCUCUGAAGCGUACCUUUUCAAGAACUCACAAAUACUUAAGGCUCUUCGCCUAGAGAUUGAGGACAUGGACGAGCGACAAGACAGUAAGAGCCGGCCACAUUCGCCCGUCAAGAUGCUGUCCAGUCUUUUCGGCGCAAGCGUAGGCAGAGAUGGAGGGUCUCGCAGGCUUCAACGCAAUCCACCAUCUCUGGGAGACAUCUCCCGAAUGGCACCUCCACUCCAGCCAGCACCCACGAGGACACAUAGUAGGGAUGGCGAGCUCUCGCGGCCUACGUCUUCAAGCAAGUCUGUUUCAUUCAAUGCGGCUGCUACACCAACGGACUCAUUGUCAAAGCUCGAAGAGACAAUGGCCACACUUCUUUUGGCAAUACAUGCUCGCAAGGGCAACAUUGUUGGCAGGUCUGUUCGAGCUAGAGUCAUCGCAGAUGAGCUUUUGGUCAACGAGGUGUACAAUUCGCUUCUAGAGAAUCCUUCAAACAUCGAUACAGCCGCCCAUUCUUCCGUUGACGUUCUGUUUGCCGCCUUUGAGAAGUUCUUGAAGAUUGCCUGGCGAGAGAAGAUGGGUCCAGUGGUCUCUCUACCCACGCUUGUGUCCCUACAGCACAAAUCUGACAGCAUGUACCCGGGAGAAUUUGAAGAGUUCUUCCGUACUACCUUGAACGAGAUGGCUCCUCAGAAUCAACGCUCUAUACGAGCGAUCAUCAAACUUUUGGCUGACCUGCUUGACGGCACAAGUAAUGAUGGCGACCGAGGCAUUCUGACAGCAGCUUUCGCUGAAAUGCUUGUCCCGGACGGCGAUGCCGCGGGAUUCAUAUCUUUGAUCGAUCGCUUGAUCCAAGACAACGAUGCUCUGUUCGCGCCACAGACAAGCGGCGUCAAUACUCCAAACUUUGGAUCGGUCGAUUCGAAGACUCGCUCUGCCGCAGCUGGAUCCAUCAACUCGAAUACUUCCUUGAGGAAACGAUUUGGCCUGUCUACUCUAACGAGGGAGAACAGCAAGUCUGAGAGUACGUCCAAGGUUGGUUCGCUGUGGCGCUCUCUGAGCAAGAAUGAUCAUGGCAUGGACAACCAGCCAUCUAGCAUCUCAAAAGCGGGACCUGCUUCUCUGGGUCGUUCCAACUCCACAGACAUGAACCUACGUCUCUCGCCGAAACGACCAUCGUCCCGCGACCGCCCGACAGUCCUAGGCGCCUUUCCUUUCGAAGGUCAGCCUAGCCCACAUGGCAGGUCGUUUUUGGGAACUUUGGGUGUUAUUGGAGAGGUACCGUCGAAUGGACCUCCCCGCAAGAAACGUCGUUCUUCUCUCAGUGAUCUAAAGACUUUGCAGACUGCCGAUCACACACCCACCUGGUCCCCUCAGACACCUCGUCGGGCAGACUCUUCGCAGGUCAAUGCACGACAAUCUAGCGCUUCACCCCAUACGCCUUCUCGCAAUACUCCGUCACCAGUCAAGCAUUCGUCCAUUCCCACCCCAACCUCGAGACUUGGAUCCCCAAUGCUGCGAUUGGGUUCGCCCAUUCGCAAGGAGAACUCCCCAGCCGUCGCUCUCGACCGUCCCACUGUUCGACCCAAGUCAGUUACUAGCCCUGAAAAGAUGGUCAAGCCGGACGAGGUGACGAUCAAGUCGUAUAGCCCUACUAAGAAACGAACUGAGUCGGUGACGGGCAUUCCAAUACUCAAGCCCACGGGGUCUGGGUUAUCAGAGCGCCCUACAUCUGGUAACACCGUCAAGAUACCGCCCUCAACACCCCGGUCGCCUACCAAAGCAGGUGCAUCUGCCAGUCCACCUAAGAGACUGAAGAUGCAAUCGCCCCAGAAACUAAGGGAACGCCUGCAGACCCAGCAGCGUGAUGUUGAGACGGCAUCGAAGGAUCUACAGAGCGAGCUCAGUGCUAUCGGCCAUGAGCUUUCUGCGCGUAGCGUUCCUCGACUCACAACCCAGACUUCUGCCCCGCCGUCUGCAUCAGCUUCUGGAUCUAACAGAAGCCUCGAGUCACGCAUUGCGAACCUAGAGAAGCACCUAAAGACAACGUUGGAUGCUUUGCAACUCCGGUCUACCACAAUCUCUAACGAUGUCACUUCUUCCCUUCAAGUCUCGGAAGCUCGUGCCAAGCAUCUCGACCAGCUGUACCGCGAUAUGAAUGCUGAGAAUGAGGCACUAUACGCCCGUUUCAACGAGGAGCUUGAGAAGGUAGAGCGUGCCGUGCGCAAAGGCAAGGGUAACGAGGAAGUCGAUCGCAGGAUGAAGGCCAGCGAGGAGGAGGCAGCACGCUUGCGGAAGGAGAACGCAAGGCUGAAACGGGAGGUUGCCGGCCUCAAGGCACAACUCAGGGAGUGAGUGAGUCUGCAUCAGACAGCUCAACACAACUCCACCACCCCUUGUAAGGCUCAUGCUAAACGGUCAGUUAACCGGUUGCAGUUUGCAUGAGCGAGGCAUGAUUACAAUGGUGUCGCAUUUCCUUUUCCGACCUUUCAGGUCUUGUAUCAGCAUUAUCACGGCGUUCAAAAGCGGAAUUUCAUGUAUUAUGUUCUUCAGCGUGAACAUGGGCAUCAAUAUGGUUUGGGGUUUUGGGCAGGAUAUCAUGAUCAUGACGGGAUUGCUGGUGCUGAGUGUCUCCUACCUCGUGCUGUUCGGAUUGCUUGGGUACAUUGUUGAGCAACGUACCCCAAGCGUUGCUCCUGUGCACGAUGGGACUGGAAGAUGAUCAAGGGUGGCGUUAUCGGUUGCGGGAUUACAUGGUUUUUUCCAAUGCCGCCUGUGGCUGACUGAAUAUACCAAAUGAAUUGCAU